AUGGUCGAAAUCAACCUCGAGAUCAUCGUCAUCGCUACCACGCAGACAAUCGACUUCGCCCUGCAGUCGCAGAGAUGUCCGUUACACAAUCUCUCGCUCGUCUCCUCCGCGACGGAGAUUCGGGACGUUCUCCUGCAGAUCUACGAGAGGCUGGUCUCUUUCCUCCGCAUCGCCGUGACAACGUAUACAUAUUCUGACACGACUCCCUUUGAACAAACCUCCUUUACCCCCGCCGGACAGCCGAAGCCGUGGUCUACUGAUUGCCUUCAGUAUGGAUCGGCGCAAUCGGUGCAGGAUAAACCGGUCUCCAGCGGAGUGGUGUGCAGGCCCUCCAGGAUGGCAUUGGGAGAGCACGAGUUGAGCGAUGAGGAAAGCAGAUACUUGGCGCUGGAUAUGAUCUGUCGCUCCCUAUGGAACCUGACCAAGGCCUUGCGACAGAUGGAUAGGAGCGAUAAUGCCAAUCUAAGAAAGGCUGAUUCGAGGGUAGUUACACUUUUAUUCCAAGUGACGCGGUUACUGGAUAGUGUCACGGCCAAUUUACAUGUGUGGAAGGCUUCAUGA